AGUUGUUUACGUUAACAGAGGCCACGCCCACUUCCGGUCUAGGGAUACGACUGGUGUUGCACAGUUACUCGAGCGUAGUAGGCAGACGUGGGUUCAAAUUAUUUUGUAUAAUCAAGGAUUGCAUCACUGGAAGUAAUGCAAAAUUUGGCGGACACAGAUCAACAUCUGAUACAAGUAAAGUGAGAUGGCCUCCUCUGGAACGGGAGACCAUGAUCAACUCCGGCAGUCCAUCGUAGAGAAGUUGGACGGGAAUCCGUGUUAUAAAGAGACCGAUGUGUUCCUGAAAUCACUUUUUGAAAGUUCGACAUCGAAGCGAAAUAAGAAGGACCACGGACAGGCUGAAAAGUGGUUGUUUUGGGCACGACAUGAAUCCAAGCUCAGGUGUGUGAGAGCCAGCGUCCCUGUAGGUGUGUUGCCAGAAGGAAUAGAGGGAGAAUUGGUGGAUGUCAAGGUGUUUUCUAGAGGGCCAGACGAUGCGAUAUAUGACAACAAUGACCUCAUCAGACGCAAGGUGGCGAGGGGGAACUGUUUUCUCCAUCUGACAUCGGGAACAGAAACAGGUGUAUCAUGUGUCCUCCAGGCCAUGAAGAAGUUUACAGGGGGUCUUGGUGAUGAUGAUGACAGAGAGAGUGGAGACACAUUCGUCUGGCAGAAAUAUUUCACUAAAUCUCUAGAUAAUGCCUCUGUAGUCAUAGCAACAAGGAAAGCCAAUGGAGAAGCAGCACAUUUGAGUUGUCGUUUGAUUGGUGGAGAGUAUGUGUUGUGUGGAGGCUCCAAAAAUGUACACAUGUUGUUCAGAAGAAAAGAGGACAUAGCUAAAUAUGGAGAGCCUCGCUUCAGAAUCGCUAGAGAAGUGUGUGCAACGAUCAUGGAUUCCAUAGAUAAGAUGAAACCAGAGGAAAAGGAGAGACUGUUGAAGUUCCUGGUGAUCAGUCAAUAUACAGGUGUGUUUGAAAUCCUUGCACCUGACCACCAACAUGUCGAAGAUCUUUCUUACCUGUCUGGUCCAGAGCUACACUUCAUCACAUGGACACGCUGUGACCUUGACCCGUCAGGAGAGGAUGUUGCAGCUGUUCCACCCCACAUUGGUAUAGAGAUAGCUCAAGCUUUAGGUCUGAAGACAGUCAAGUAUGACCAAGUGGCCAUCCCAAACCUGGACAGGAGGAUGAAGGAGAUCAGACAAGGGUACCAGUUUGAGGGAGAAGUAUUGUAUUUCAUUGACAGUCAGGGCGUAGUUAUGGGACUCCUGAAGAAGAAGACAGUGUGGUAUAUCAUGUGUAGAGCAGUCAGGGAAAAACUCCGAGCUGCCUGUAUCUCUCAGUCUAAAUACAGGGAACAAUUCACCAUCAACAGAGUACUGAAAAAGGUAGAGAAGAGGAUGAGGGAGAUACAAAAAUGGCUGGCUCUAGAUGAUGAAGUAAUCGACUUCUGGAAUACUCUUGGUGGCAAGUUCUUGCAGUGGACAUUGAAGAAAUUUGAAGAAGGUUCCAUUACAAAGGAUGAAAUAGCCGACAAAUUCCCUGUUGUUUGGAAAUCAUUUCUACAAAGCACACAUGAAUGUGAUGAUUAUUCUGCUCUAAAGAAGAAAGGGGCAGAUAACUCUACUCAUCCAGGGCGUGAUGAUAAUCAUGAGACAGGCGACAAUUCAAGCUAUGACAAACAUUCAAAUCAAACAGGGACUGACAAUUUUACUGAUUCUUGUGAUCUGUGCGAGACAAAUAGCAAUUCAGAGAAUGAAACCAACGGUGACAAAAGCUCAGCUGGAGUAGGGGCAGAUAACUCUAAUGAUCCAGGGAGCUCGAGUGAUACUUACGAGGAAAAAGAAAGAUUAACCGAUACAGCUGGUGGAACUUGUCUGACUGAGAACCGAUUUUCUGUAUUAGAAAAUGCCAUUGAAAGUAAAAUGGCAGCUACAGAACUAAACAAGUGUGAAGACAGUCCUCAUUGAUAAUGAUUGUCUGUAGGGCUGUUAGACACGGGUAAAUACAUCAACUGAUCACCAUAUCUGAAUUGGUGUGUAGCUAUUUUAAUAAACUUGCUCAGUUAUUUACUGUAAACUUUUAAAAUUUGUAUAGGAAUUUAUAUAUUUAUAAGGAAGUGUACUAUAUUUAUGUCAUUUUUAACUAUUAAUUGUAAACAUUUUGUACAACCACCAAUUUUAUAUUUCCUGUGAAAUACCAUUAUAUAAAUAUGCAUGGUUCUUCUGGCUUGUUUACAUAUUGGUCAUAUUUAUUUAAAUAAGAAUUGUUUUCUGCUCUGAGGAUGAAAAAAAAACCAACAAAUUAUUUAAGUAUGAAGUGUACAGUUGUUAUUUAUCAAGGACAGCUGAAAUGUAUGACAUUAUCGUAGAGUUUGUAUCCAUUAAGACAUGUUUUUCUAUAUAGUUAUAUCUGUGUUGAGUCAUGAUUUGAUACUCGUAGUAUUUAUUAUUUAGUAAUUCAAAUAAUUUCUAAAAUCAUAGUUGAAUACUUUCAUGGCCUGUGUUUGGUCAGUAAUAUACAUUAGGUAUCCAGUCCCAUUUUUGUUGUAAUCUGAAAUUAUAUCAUAUUUAUUGAAAAGUUGUACAUGUAAUGUUUUUUUUUUUAAUUUUCAAAAAUGAAAUUUUAGAAAUAGCAAAGCACUUAAAUUCAGAGAUAAAAUUAUAUUUUUCUGUAAAAACUUCUAAAAAGUUUUUUUUCAUGUUGAACAAUGUACUGUAAUCAUUCUGUUCAACAAAGGACUAAUAUACAAUAUAACUAUUCCUGUGAUAUCCUGCACUUUAUUGCCAGUGUCUUACACAUUUAUAUAACAUAUGUACUUUUAUUUUUACCGCAUUUGUCAAUUAAUUUGAUUAUCUUGAUUUUUUCCAAACUUGAAUACUUUUAAAUUUUUUAAUGUAUACCUUUGUUUUCCAUGUUAAUUUUCAGAAAUUUUAUCUACUAGAUUUCCCCCCCAGAAUACCUUUUAUCAUUGUAUGUUUGACUAUAUUCUUAUUACAUACUUUUUCAAAUGUUACAUACAGUUUUAAUAUUUAUUGCCUCCAAGGAGAACUAAUAGCACUCUAGUUUGAUAUGAAGAUACAUAUAUUAAUCACUAAAACUACUUUUCUCUGUUUCAGCUUUAAUAAAUAGAGGAUAUUUUGUCUAUAUUUUAACUAUACUGUCAAUCAUUUGUCAAAAUCAUGGGGCAUGAAUACAAUUUCAAUUUUAUCAUUGGUUUUUCAUAAAAAUAUUUUGGAAGUUUUAAUAAGAUUUCCAAACAACCUAACCAGCUCCAUAAUUGUGCAUAUGUCCCAUAUUUUUGAAUAUCCAUCAAGUGAUAUGCUGACUGUACCUCAGUUAUCAACAUAUGUGAUAGAACCUUUAAUAUCCCCUUAUCAAGAUCGUACUGUAAUACUGCAGACCACCAUUCCGUCUGUCCAUCCACGUCAACAUUAACAGACAAUAUCUCAAGUUCAAAUAGACUGAUCAAACUCGAACUUCACUCAAUGCUUCCUAAUUGGAGAGUUUGCUUGGGAUUUCUUUGCAGGCUUAAAGGUAAAAAAGAAAAGUGAGGGAGUUUCUUGAACUAAUGAACUCAAACUUAAGUUAACACAGUGCUUCCCUACCAACACACAGAAAAUUUAUUUUGGUCGAUAAUGAGAAUUCCCUUAUACAGAUCUUGUUAAGAUUGCCAUCAUUUCUGCACAAUUAAGUUCAAGUGGACAAAAUCUGUCCACAUUUAGGUAUUUAACAUGUAUAGUCAAAUUACGAUACAACAAUUCAUCCCCGCUAUGAGUCAAUUACUUCAUAGUAUGGUACAAUUUGUCUCAGAGCUGUAGGUCAGUCCAACUUAGUAUGGUACAAUUUGAUAGAGCUGUACAUGUGGGUCAGUCCAAUUUAGUAUGGUACGAUUUGAAAGAGCUGUGGGUCAGUCCACUUUAGUAUGGUACAAUUUGAUAGAGCUGUAGGUCAGUCAUGAUCAUACAUUCUGGUAUAUAAGGUCCCACAAUACUUGCAUUAACAGCUUAUGGUUAUCCUUUGUAAGCUUUUCAAUUUCCCUCAGUUUUCAGCUACUGGUAUCCAUCUCUCACCAAUGGAGAUGAGACACAGUUCAAAACUCAUAUUGCAAACUUAAAUAAAACUUUCAAACUU